AACAGCGUACGGGGUUGUGAGACGGUGGGAGGCUAGUCGGCUAGCUAGUUAGUGGAUAGUCACCAUCGGGUUGAUGAAUAAUUAAUAGUCUUUCACGUUAAAAAUUAAGCCGUCGGCUUUUGAUUUGUGACCCGCGGUCUCCACUGGGCGCCUGCCCGUCUGACGGGGUUAGCCGCCUAGCAUGGCUAGCGCCUGCUGCCUGUAGUCUGCCUUUGAGCAGAUUAGCAUGCUAACGAGCUACUGAAACAAACGUGUUAAUCUUCACACCCGAGUUAUCCGGAUAAUAUUUAUUGCAAACCAUCCGCACGCAAGCUCAGCAGCACGAUGGGAGCGGUUACUGGUUAGUCGUUGUUGGAUAAACGUCUCUUCAUUCGGAAUGGAUGAAUGCUAACAGCUGGACGAGGGCUGGAGUUGACUGUGCGGAGUGUGUUGGACAACACCGAGCGGUUGUUCUCAGCAGCCCUGGUCCUCCAGGCCGGGACACGGUGGAGCUCCACGCCGCCUGUCAGGCCCAGAACCUGCACUGAGAUGACAUGCAGCGGACAGAAGGGCCAUUCCGCAUCCCGAGUCCCGUUAACCCGUGAUAAACAGACGGCCGUCCUCCUCCUCUAUGGAUGUGUGCAGCAGUAACCCGAACCGCACAGCACCGGUCAGCGAGGAAGGCCCACAACGAGCAGAUGUCCCCCUCUGCUCUCGAACCAACGGCUGGAGCUGGCCGCCACAUCCCUUCCAGAUGCUGGCAUGGCUGCUCUAUGCCUACUUCGCCAUCACCGGCUUCGGCGUGUUCGUCCCCCUGCUGCCUGCACACUGGAUCCCCGCCGGAUAUAUCUGCACGGGCAUCAUGUUCGUCUGUCAUCUGUGCGUCCAUGUGAUGGCUGUGUCCAUCGACCCGGCCGACUUCAACGUUAGAACCAAAACCAACAAAGGCCCAGUACCGGUGUUCGACCGCUCCAAACACGCUCAUGUCAUCGAGAACUGCCACUGCUAUCUCUGCCAGGUGGACGUGGGGCCCAAGUCAAAGCACUGCAGUGUGUGUAACAAGUGUGUCGCCAACUUCGACCAUCACUGCCGAUGGCUCAACAACUGUGUGGGGAGCAGGAACUACAAGCUCUUCCUCCACAGUGUGAUCUCAGCUUUGUUGGGCGUCUGUCUCGUCCUCAGCAUUGCCUUCUACGUCUUCAUCGAGUUCUUCUUGGACCCAUCCAAACUUCGCACUGACAAACACUUUCAAGUGCGUAAUGAGACAGCCGUGUGGUUUCUCUUCCUUCCGGUGGCACCGGUCAGAGCGACAGGGGCCGUGAUUCCAGGCCUCGCCGCCGUCACCAUUGCUCUGGGUCUGCUGUCGUCCAUCCUGCUGUGUCACCUGCUCUGCUUUCACAUCUACCUGAUGUGGAACAGACUCAGCACCUAUGAGUACAUCGUACGACAGCGCCACCGUUUGGACAACAGAGACAGCCGUAAAGGAGGGUCGGUGAAGGAAGCUGCUGUCCCUUCAGUGAACCUCAUGAAGCAGGAGGUGAACUAUUCAGGGACGCUGGGCUACACCAACCCUGAGCUGCAGGUGGAGGAACCCACCACCGUGGCUGCACGAGGAGACACAGAGUUUAUGGCCAACGGUAGAGUGAGGACGGUGUCUAGUCCAGUCGUGGAAGAGGAAGCCCCACCCACCAUCUCCACAGAACUGAAGGCAGCAGCACACACACACCGCCGCACACAGAAAAAAAAGAAGAAGGUCCGUAAAGUGCCAGCUGAGGUGACUAGGGAGCACUGCCCAAGUACAGGCCCGACCGAGCUCACCAAUGUGUCGACCGUGUCCCUGGGCCAGCGACUUCCCUUCCCAUCAUUCCCCCUGAGGGCCUCCCUGCCCCCCCUGGCCUCCGGCUCGGUCCCUGUCCAGGCCGCCGCGCCCCCUGCUGAGUACAACUCAGAGUCCGCCGAGUCUCUGGAGGAGAUCCCGGUGGCUCUGGCCAAACUGGGCUCCUCAUCCUCUGCCGCCGCAGCCAGUGGCGAUGCCUCCACAUCACACAGAGCCAUCCCAGCAUUCCCCCUGCCCUCCCCCCAACCCAGGACUAAGAGGAAGGUCUCUUCACGGGGCAAUAAGGGCACGGGGGAGCUGAGGUUUGAGAUGGCCUCCACACAUCCUCCGACUGUGUUUGUCAGCAGAGCCAGCGGCGACACGUCGGAGCCACGAGACGAGGUCUUCAGCCUGAGCAGGAGGAUACCGGGGUCCAGAACCGGGUCAAGACCGGGGUCCAGGACGUCGCUGGGCUCGGCGGCAGCGUCCUGGAUGGAGCGGUAACCUUCACUGACUGAAACAAAUAAAGUGUGUUUGUCCUUUCUACAAUCACCUGAAGCCAUGCACAACAAGCUUUUAUUUUUUUGUAUUUCUGUGUGUAUUUAUUAUGUUGACAAAGAAUUUUUAAUUUUAAAUGCCAAAGGUGAAAUCUUGUGCACAAUCUUUGUAAAUGAAGGAAUAUGUUAAUUUCUACAGUGAAUGGACUGGAUUUUGCAGAAGUGCGAAGUAGCUAAGUAUAAAUACUUCAUCACUGUAUUUAGGUAGAUUUUUCAGGUAUCUGUUUUUGACUUGAAUAUUUAUUUUUCUGACACCUUCUCCCUUUCUCUCCAUCCAAUUUAUUAUAAUAUCUGUAUGUUGUACUCUUCAAAUUUUCUUUACUUUUCAUGCACUUGAGGGAAGUAAUUGAUUAUUUAUGUUUUGUAUCAUCGCUCGCCUUGGUGUAUCCAUCUGUAAAAACAGAACAAGGAAUCAGUGACAUGAAACAGAUGUAACAAGACUGAACGAUGUAAAAUCUAACAAGACAAACACCAGACGUGAAGGGGAGAGUGGACUGCAGACAAAAUGUGUCAUACUGUUUCACAUUCAGUUGCUGUCAUUGAAAACUGAUUUACUACUUUUACUACUUUCUACUUUUACUUUUUGACUUUGACAACAUUUCAGAGCCUGUACUUUUUCACUUUUACUGCAGUAAAGAUGUUUAAUCAGUA